GUUAUACGGUAUUCGAUCUCAUCUUUGUCAACUUCAUCAUCUUCAUCACCAUUAAAGCCAAAAUGGAUAUGAUACCCUUAUAACUUAUUCCCAGGCUCAUAUUUAAGCCAAUAUCAUUCUUCAGUUAUUAGUUAACAGGAGAAAUGGCUCAAAACUUAUCAUCCAACUGGAAGAAGCUGCAAGCACAGAUUCAGGCCGAAUCCACCACCAACACAGUUUCUUCAUAUUCACCUACGCCUUCAUCCUCAUCCUCAUCCUCAUCCUUAACAAGAAAGCCAGCAGGCAAGAGGAAAGCCGACGAUAAGCCAUCUCAUUCUAGUUCAAAACGGCAAAAACUGCAAAAACUGCAAAAACCCUUCAAGCAGCAGCAGCAAGAGAGGAAGCCAUCAUCAAGCCAUCCCCUUCACAAGAAACCCUCACCUCACAACAGCAAUCUCACAUCCAAACGGCCAGCAGCAUCCCAACCACCACCAAUGGGUGUGACACAGUCCUCCGCCAUAGCCAAAGGUACACCCACAACCAUAACCCCGUCUCUCGCCCUAUGGGCCGAAGACAACGACGUCUCGCCGGAGGACCUAGCCGAGGCUUACAACCUCGGCGCAAAGCACAAGAACAACAACAACAACAACAAGUCCUCUUCUUCUCUCACUUCCGCAGCAGCAGCAGCAGCUAGCAAUGAGCAGCCGCGCAUAAAUGAAGGUUUGGCGCCCGGGAUCGAAGUGGGCAAGUACAUCGCGCUCGACUGCGAGAUGGUCGGGAUCGGCCCCGACGGCCACGACUCCGCGCUCGCGCGCGUGAGCGCCGUCGACUUCCACGGGCGGCAGGUGUACGACUCCUUCGUGCGGCCGCUCCAAAAGGUCACAAACUGGCGAACCUCCAUCACGGGGCUAACCCCACGCCUCCUCCUCGGGCCCGGCGCGCGCGACUUCGCCGAAGUGCAAGCGGCCGUCGCACUGCUCCUGCGCGACCGCAUCCUCGUCGGCCACGACAUCCGGCACGACCUGGCGGCGCUGCAGCUGACGCACCCGAAGGCACUGGUGCGCGACACGGCGCGGUUCGCCGGGUACCGGCAGUACGGGCACGGGCCCAAGCCGGCGCUGAAGGUGCUCGCGCGCGAGGUGCUCGGCGUCGAGAUCCAGACGGGCCACCACUCGAGCAUCGAGGACGCGAGGGUCGCGAUGCGGCUGUUCCGGCACCGGAAGUCGGACUUCGAUGUCCAGCAUGCGGGGUGGUAUAAUUUGCCGUCUGAGAAGACGACGGCGAGCGAGACGGUGGGAGGAGGAGGUGGUGGUGGUGGUGGUGGUGGUGGUAAUGGUAAUGGUAGGAAUCGGGUUACGGAGGAUGUGGGACCGCCGAAGAAGGGGUCGGGGAAGAAAAAGAAGAAGAAGAGGAAGAAUUGAUAGAGAUAACAAUGAAUGAACGAUAAUUAUCCUUGGUUGUAUAUUGUGAUAUUCUUGAUGUUUUGUGCUGUAAGCUCAUGUUGCCCGGUCCCCAAACUCGUCAUUCUUGGACACCCCUAUAUGGUGUUUGUCUCGAGAACCUUGCAUGAGGGAAUACAUUGUAAUACCCCUUGUUUCUGUAGACUCGGAACAAAUUAGGUACAUGUUCG